UUGGGAAGCGCCGAAGAAGACUGUACUAGGCGCGCAUGCGUAGUCGUUGUUGUCGCUUUCAAGUCAAGAUGGCGGAUCUGCUCGGUUCAAUAUUAAGCUCGAUGGAAAAACCUCCAACAGUCGGCGACCAGGAAAGUCGGCGAAAGGCUCGAGAGCAAGCAGCGCGGUUCAAGAAGAUGGAAGAAGAAGAGAAAAGAAAGAAAGCAGCGUUCAGGAAAAAGAUGGAGAAAGAAGUAUCAGAUUUCAUCCAAGACAGUACACAACAGAAGCGAAAGUAUAACCCAAUGGGGAAGAUUGAGCGAAGUAUAUUGCAUGAUGUCGCUGAAGUGGCUGGUCUGACGUCUUUUUCAUUCGGGGAGGAUGAAGAGAGCCGUUACGUCAUGUUGUUCAAGAAGGAAUUUGCUCCGUCCGACGAGGAGCUGGAGGCUCUUCGCAAAGGAGAGGAGUGGGAUCCUCAAUUAGCUGAGCAGCGGCGCAGGCUAAAAGAGCUGGCGGCUCUGGAAGAAGAAGCAUCCCGGCAGAGCGACAAGUCGGAGGUGUGUCCGAAUUCCAACUACAGAGACAAGUACAGUCACCUGAUUGGCACCUCCGCAGCCAAAGAUGCAGCACACACACUGGAAGCCAACCAAGCAUAUGGAUGUGUGCCGGUAGCCAACAAGAGGGAUACUCGCUCCAUAGAAGAAGCCAUGAACGCAAUCCGAGCCAAGAAGCGGCAGAAGUUAGAAGACGACACAAGUGCACGCAGCAGCACUUUCUGAGUUGCUCCGUGUGACCACCAGGAGGUGCAAUUGGGUCCUUGGCUAGAAAUGCAAUAUUCUGCACUUCAGAGACUUUAUAUAUGGCAGGGUGAAGCUCUAUUCAGAUCCUGAUUGCACAGAAGAGACUCAAGUUUUCUGAGAGCUUAACUGUGUGUUAACUAUUAUCUUCGCAUUCAUAAUUGAGAGUGUAAGGAACAUUCUUGUGUUAAAAUUGGGCGCCCCAAGUGUUAUCAACAAUACUGUCUCGGACAUUUUAAUGCAGAUUGUUAGUAUUAGUUUUAAAAGUGUUGAGAUCACACUACCAAGGUUUUUAAAGGACAUAGAGUAUGUCAUUGAUUCCCCUUUUCCCAUUUACCAUUUUUACAAGUCAACAUCUUUCAAGACAGGUCAAAGAUCUUUUAAGUAAUACAGAUGUGUGUGAUUUAAGCAUCAGGGAUUUUUUUCCCCCUUAUCUGUGAUCAACCGCCACUGCAUGAUGUCAUGUCAAUGGGUACAGUGAUUAGAGAUGGAGCAGAGGCAUCCAAAAGCA